CUAAGCGGGCGGGCGGGCGGCCGGCCGGCGCAGAAGAUGAGUUUCCAGGCGGAGGACGGCGUGGGCAGCCUCUGCCACAAGGCUCUGCAGAUCAUCUCGGAGCUGUGCCUAGGCGGGCAGGUGGAGCGGGAGAAGUGCGCUGGCAUCUUCCCCCUGGAGACGGCCCGGCAGGGCAUCGGUGGCACAGAUGUCUCAGUCAGUCUGUUAGCGGUAGUUGUCAGCUUCUGUGGGCUUGCCCUGCUGGUAGUCUCACUUUUUGUCUUUUGGAAGUUGUGUUGGCCCUGCUGGAGGAGCAAACCUCUCAAUUCCAAUGCCAGUAAUGUCCCACAGAGCAACUCUAGUGCUCCUACGGAGGUUUUGGAGACCAGCGAGAAAAAGGAAGUUAAAGAAAAUGGGAAACCUACAACAAAGGUACUUGAAGCUGCACUGAAAAUUAGCCACACUUCACCAGAUAUACCAGCAGAGGUCCAGAACGCACUGAAAGAGCAUCUGAUCAGACAUGCUCGCAUGCAGAGGCAGAUCACUGAGCCCACGUCGUCAUCAAGGCACAAUUCUUUCAGGAGGCACUUGCCGAGGCAGAUGCAAGUGUCCAGUGUUGAUUUUAACAUGGGGAUGGAUCCGAUUUUGCAACGGGGAGAGACGACAACCAGCAUUGGGAGAAUAAAACCAGAACUCUACAAACAGAAGUCUGUGGAUUCUGACGGGCAACAAGAAGAUGUGAAAACAUGUGGAAAACUUAACUUCACUCUCCGGUAUGAUUAUGAAAAUGAACUUCUGGCUGUCACAAUUGUCAAAGCCUUAGAUCUGCCAGCUAAAGACUUCACAGGAACAUCCGACCCCUACGUUAAGAUUUAUCUGCUUCCAGAUAGGAAAAAGAAGUUUCAGACACGAGUUCACAGAAAGACAUUAAAUCCUGUCUUUGAUGAAACCUUUCAGUUUCCUGUAGCCUAUGAUCAACUCAGCAACAGGAAAUUGCAUUUCAGUGUUUAUGAUUUUGACAGAUUUUCUAGACAUGACAUGAUUGGGGAAGUUAUUCUUGAUAACCUUUUUGAAGUCUCAGAUCUCUCCAGGGAAGCCAAUGUAUGGAAAGACAUCCACUGUGCCACCACAGAAAGCAUAGAUUUGGGUGAGAUCAUGUUUUCCCUUUGUUAUUUGCCUACUGCUGGGAGAAUGACAUUGACGGUCAUCAAAUGUAGGAAUCUCAAAGCAAUGGAUAUAACUGGAGCAUCAGAUCCGUAUGUCAAAGUGUCCCUCAUGUGUGAGGGACGAAGACUGAAAAAGCGGAAAACCACCACGAAGAAGAACACCCUCAAUCCCAUUUAUAACGAGGCCAUCAUCUUUGAUAUCCCUCCAGAGAACGUGGACCAGGUCAGCCUCUCCAUUGCAGUGAUGGAUUAUGAUCGAGUAGGGCACAAUGAGGUCAUUGGGGUAUGUCGGACAGGCAUUGAUGCUGAAGGGCUUGGAAGAGAUCAUUGGAAUGAAAUGUUGGCUUACCCACGUAAACCAAUAACUCACUGGCAUCCACUACUGGAGCUACCUGGCCGAGCAUCCAGUUUUGAUAGCCAAGGAUCUUGUUCAUCACCAAAACCUCCGCUUACACCCUAAGGAAGAAGAGUGGAUUCAUCAUGCUCAGUGUCCAAAGCUCCCUCCCAUCUACAUAAACAGAAGGUUCGGCUUCCACAGAUGAACUGUAUCCAUAUUUUUUUAUUAAAAUACAUUUUUCCUAUUCUAAGUCUUAUUAUACAGUUUAUAAUAAUUUCUUAAUGUAUGAAUGAAGUUGACUCCAGUCUAAUAUAACCCUUCCUUGUGCAAAUUCAUUCACCUGUUUUAUCGCUGGCAUGUAUCCAGUGUCAUACCCAAGCAGUGUUUUGAUAUGACCUGUAUCUUUGCAUAGACGAAGAGAACAGAGGGAAAAAAAAAUCCCUUAAGCAAUUCAAAACUACUGCAGUUUUUAAGGCCUAAUUCUUUUGAGGGAGAGCAAAUAGUAUAAAUAUAUGUAUCUCAUGUCAUAAAUUUCUUCUAAAUUGCACUAAAUCCUGAGAGACCUUGCAAGACAGCAUUCCAAACUGAAUGUUGCAUGAGAAAAAAAAACAACUGUUGUCAUGUUUUGAGUGUAAAAUCGGCUCAUUCCUUGGGCAGGGAGGAAGGGCUGAUCAAAAGUCCACCAAAGCCAAUGGCAAGGAUCUACUGGCUUUGCUGGGUUUUAGUUCAACCCUUAUGGAACAGGCAUCAGAAAUGGAUCUAUGCAGUUAUAAUCUUCCAGCAAUCACAAUGCCAGCUGCCCCUGUUAUCCUGUCCAGCAAAGCAGCCAGGCACGUGCCCCCAGGCACCAGAAGAUGGUUUCCUUCAGCUGCCCAGUGGCUGACAAAGAGCUGUCUGGGGUGUCUCUGUGUGGCACUGACAGUGCAUGUACGGGUAUUGCUGUGGAAAGGGAAUGUCUUUGCAGUGAGGGGUGCGGAAGUGGAUGCAGCUCCACAGGGAUGCAGGUGUCUCCUGAGGAGGUGCAUCCAGCCCCUCAAAACAGUUUGUUGCUGGCAUCAUGCAGUCCUUGCCUGAUUUUUACACAAGUCAAACUAGGAGAGAAUGCUCUGAAGUAAAGGAAUUGAUUUAAUGUGUUUUAUCUGUUCAGAAAAUUGAACAAAUACUGCAGUAACCCAGAAUGUUUUUCAGCUUCUUGGUUUAAUGUGACAGAUUGAGAUUACUUUGAAGUUAUUUUGACUGUAUGCAUAGCGCACGGGGAAUAGUUUCUGGUCGCCAGCUGUAUGCCUCUGGAAUUAUAUACUAAAUAUGAAUUUGAGAUAUUUAGAUAUGUUUUCUGUCAGUAUAUGGAGAGAAAAAUUGAAAUGUAGCUAUUUAUCAGAGUACACAGUGACAGCAAAUGCAAAAAAAACAUUGGCUGUAGUCGGAUGAUUUAAAAACUAUAAGAGAACUACAUUUUAUUUUGUGAAUUUCUCUCUUUCAAACACUACAGCUCACCUCAGUUGGAUAAAUCAGAUAGCUAUUUCUUUUUUCUUUUUUCUUCUUUCUGUUAAGAGCAUGGCAAAGACUGCACAGUUUGGUCUGAGAUUUUGAAAGCUGAGCUGUAACUAGAAAAAAGUUGAGGUUUGGCACUUUUUGUAUCUUUGCAAUAUAUAAAGAAAACAGAAGACAGUGUUUGUGUUUUCCAAAACAGCAUUUUUACAGGAAAAAGGUGUCAUAAAUGAAAAAAAAGGCCAAUGGAAGAUUGGUUUAAGAUAAUGAAAGAAGUUUUGAGAAUUAAUCCAGAUAUGAAGGGGAAAGGUAGUUUUGACAAACUUCUGAAGAACCAUUUUGGGUUGGUUUAGCCUGGUUGACACAGAAAAUGUUUAUGACAAUCCAGUCCCUCCAUUCCACUAACUAAUCUCUAAGGCAGUCAAUCAUGCCUCGAAGUGUCUUAACUGCUCCAAGAAAGUUAGGAAGGCUGGCCUUAACAUUGCAGAUGUUUCUAAGUCAAAAAAGGAGGCAGGUUUUACACCUUACCUUCUGUGACUACAAACACAGCAGACAAGCAAAUGAAUAUAAAAAUCAGUCUUUCAGACAGUCUUUACAAA